CUUUCGAUUUGUAAAAAGGUUUGAUCGGCUACGAGUCGUUGAGGGCGCGUUUUAUCAACACACGAGCGUGUUUACUAAUAUAACGGGUAGUGUCUAAUCAAUAAAAAAGAAAAAGAACGAAAUGGCUCUCUAUGACAAUCAACACUGGCUCCUGUCGCACAUCAGGGACAGCUUUCUCGCAACGGACGACACAGGUAUGUGCGACAUGGUGAUACUAGGGGAGGAUAUUCCUAAACAAUUGAAGAAAAAUGGAACACUGCAAUGUUACCCUGGUAUGGAAGAGAGUGACGAUGAAGAUUUGGAUGCGAUGGCAGAAUCAUAUGACAUACAAAUGGAAAUGGAAUUUAGUCACAGACAGAGAUCUAAUACUGCACAAAGACUAGAAAAAAUGGACAUGGAAAGGAAAAAGGCUGCCAAAGUCAAGCAUGUCAAAUGGGAGCACAAUCCUAGCCCAAUAACACCUACAGAUCAAUCGGAUCUAUUUCAGAGAAAAGAUUUUCGUAGGAAAAUUCCACUGAAGAAAGGACAAUCUCUUUUAUCGGAACAACUCGAAAAGUGUCCACAUUUACCACCGAAUCCAUUCAAGGACUACGCCAUAUUUGACGGCAAUGCACAGGUGAGCAUCUCUGUGAGAAAGUACAGAAUAUUCAUGUGUAUGCUGCCGAAAGAGGACAGAAUGUAUCCGCUUCAAGUAGCAGUGGUGAUAACGGCACGCGUACUGGAUUUCGUCGGGUUGAUCUGUUACAAAUAUGCAAGUGAACAUCCCGAUCAUAAUUUGAAGGAAGACAUCUCGCAUUAUGGAUUGUAUAUCACCGAGGACGACGGUGAGAUAGACUCAGCCUUUCCCUGUUUGGACCCGCAAGAAACUAUUUCAAAAUUCGAAUUUACUACGCUGGGUCUGAUUGAGAUGAAGCCGAGCGAUAGAGCACGACACAACGCAACCAGUUACAUUAAGAAAAAAGAUGAGGAGGACCUGGAGGGUAAAGCUAAGGAGCAGGAAGAAGUUGCAAAGGACUUGGCUAAGAUGGAAGGUCAUACUACUGCGAUGGAGGCGCCAUUGUAUCAAUCUUAUAGGGUAUAUAUAAUAAACAAAAUGCGAGCAAAAACUGAGAUUCAUCUUGGAAUAUCGGGUGAGAAGAUAGAAAUAGAUCCGGUGAUAACAGGCAAAGGCGCUGCUAGGUUUUGGAAUAGACAACGGGCAGUCAGUUAUCAUAUAGACAACAUCGCUUGGUGCGAAGUAACCGAGACUAAGGGAUCGAAAACUAUAUUUACGCUGGUUUAUACUCCGCAAUCCAGCGCUCCAGAUCAUAUUCUGAGUCAAAGUCAUUCGCUUCAUCAGUCAGCAUCUUUCAAGAAUCACGAUUUCGAGGCGGAUUCGGUGACUGCCGAGGAGAUCGUACGGAAAAUCAAUCACAUCCUGGAAUUGCAUAGCAGCCAGUCAAGAAAGGAAUAUCUCGCACAGAAGGAGAGGAAAGCAGCGAGGAGAAAGAGCUUCCAUCUGCACAGAUGACAACUCUAUUGGUUAUUCCGUACAAUCUUAGAUUAUUUGAAGCAUUGAAUAUUAGUAUAUUAAAGAACGUGAUCGUAAAGGAGUCGCUUUAAGAUCAGAAAUAUUCUUCAUAUACGAUCGCAUCAAUAUCUCGAAUCUCGACGUGCCAGAAAUGGCGAAAGAAGACGGUAUUCCACAGAUAUAAAGUUAAAUGUUGUAUAAUAUUGUGUGGUAAAUUAUUUCAUAUUUAUUGUAUUUCAUCUCUAUCUCAUGCGAAUACGCUAUGUACACAGUCGUAGCACACAAAUAAGCAUUGUAUAAUCAAUCAUACGUAGUGUUAUCAUAUUUAAUUAAUUGUUAUUUAUACUUUUACUAUGAUGCUC